AUGCGUUCCCCCAAUCCACUCCAUUACCUGUUUGCACCACUCUCUUUCUUCCUCAUUGCUCAGAUUGCGCUAUGCCAACAGAUUCACGGUCCUACUUUCCGCUUCGACAAUCAGGACAACGGAAAUCUCGACGAGGAAGACUUACCGGAAGACCCCAAUCAGCGACGGUAUGAUCCUCCACUGGGGUUUCCACGAGGCUCUGAUGCUGGCCAGACUGGUGUUUCACCCGCUACUUCAAACCGGGGGACGCCGACUUCGUUCGGGCCGUCUUCUUACACAAUUGCGAACAUUCCGACCAACACCGUGGUCCCGCCGAGCCCGUCAGAUAUCAACCAAUUCAUCUCGGGCUUCAGGCAGGACCUGGUCAACCCCAGAUUCGACCUCCUGUCAAUAGCCAUCAAUGACAACAGCGCAAUUGGUGAAUACACUCCGUUGUGCGCGACCCUCUCGGGGUUACAGGCGUAUUUUGACCAGAAAUACAACACGCUGGGAGACGCGGGCUUCCUGUCCGUCUGCGAUCAAGCCUUCACUUACCCCGUCUCUCGCCGACAUUGA